AGAAGUAAGCGAAUAAUUUCAUUGGAUUUUCGGUUAUUCUCUGAUACUGGCGAUGAUCGCCAUAAUUUUUAUAAUAUUACUGUAAAACUGACACUGGCACAAGUCUAGUGGCCGCCUUAAAGGAAAUAAUAAUAUUUUGAUUUAGGAUUUAUCCAUAAUGGAAAGAACUACAACUGAACAGGUAUCUCCAACUUCCGAUGUCAAAGAUUUUGGAAACACUAACAAACCACAAAGCGACGCAGACAUAGACGAUGAAAUUACAGCUCGAAUGACUGCAUCAUACAGCGAAAUUUCAUUCCACUCGGACCACGGCCAGGACCUCAACGAUAGCAAGGCUGGCCCUUCACGACCUUACAAUUUACCAUCAGAGAACAGAAAACAAGAAAAACUCCCUUUAGAUAUGGAUGGCCAUGUUAGAUAUGAAGGUGACAUGACACAUUAUGUAGCAGAUGAUUUAGAAUUCAAAAUAAAACUAUCAAGUCCUAUUACAAAACGUGGAGAAACCCCUGUUUUUGGCAGCAGUAAUCCUUCCCGAUCUAGUACACCCUCGGGAAAACUUUACAGACAAAUCUUAGCUCCACAAAUUGGACAAAUAGAUAUCACAGUAUUAAAUGAUCUCGAAUAUGAAGCACAAAGAAUAGCCCAAUCAGUAGAUAAUCUAAUUGAAAACCUAUCAGGAAUUUUACACUCCAAUUCUUCAUUGACAGCAGAAAAUAUGGAAGUUUAUAAAGAUGCUGUGAGCAAAACAUGUGAUGCAAUGGAUAAUAAUAUCAAAAGCAUGUACACAAUUUUAGCCAAGGGUGAAGAAGUUUCUCAAGCCAUGAUCCCUGUACAGGCACAAGCAGCUAGGGUAGCCGAGAUUAAAAGACUUCUGCAAGUCUUUGAAAACAAUUUUUAAAUCUCCACACUUUUUAGUUUUUAGAGGAAAUAAUUUAUUUAUUUUACGUCUUUAUCAUAGAAUGAUAUUUAUUCCAAUAAUAUACUUUGAUUUAUUA